CUACACCGGAAACACAGCGAUGGCCGAUUGCAACUAACAUCAAGCUCCUGUCGUCGUCUCCGUCUCACCUCGUCAGAUCUCACCAAUCCUCCAUCUCCGUCUGGUCUUCCCUCGAUCUCCGCGAGGAGAUAGUCCAAAACCCUAACCCCCUAGCCUCCCGGCUGAACCCGAGGAGGAGGAGGAAGAGGCGGAGAUGGCCUUCAUGGCGGCGCUGGAGGCCGAUCUGCGUGCUCUCUCCGCCGAGGCGCGCCGCCGCCACCCCGCCGUCAAGGACGCCGCCGAGCACGCAACACUCAAGCUCCGUUCUCUAUCUAAUCCAAGGGAAAUAGCUCAAAAGGGGGAUAUAUUACGGAUCUUUCUGAUGGCAUGCAGUGUCAAAUCAGUGAAGCUGAGUGUGAUAGGACUAUCCUGUUUGCAAAAGCUUAUAUCACAUGAUGCUGUAGCAUCAUCUGCGUUGAAGGAGAUAUUAGCUACUUUGAGGGAUCACUCAGAGAUGCCAGAUGAGAGUCUUCAGCUGAAGACAUUGCAAACAAUGUUGAUUGUCUUUCAGUCACAUUUACGUCCUGAAAGUGAGGAGGACAUGUCUCAAGCCCUUGGCAUAUGUCUUCACCUACUUGAAAGCAGUCGAUCUUCUGACAGUGUCCGCAACACGGCAGCAGCUACAUUUAGACAAGCAGUGGCAUUGGUCUUUGAUAAUGUUGUUCUUGCCGAAUCACUUCCGACUGGUAAAGCAUCCCCAAGAUUUGGCUCGAGUGCUAGCUCUGUUGCCAACAAUGUUACUCGUAGCUUCGGCCAGACGCUAUCACUAGCGUUUAGCUAUGGAGAACUCACCAUGAGGGAAGAUCUUACUGACGUUGGAAAACUCGGUCUCCGUCUGCUCGAAGACCUGACUGCUCUUGCUGCAGGUGGAUCUGCUAGGUGGUUGCAUGCUCAGUCACUGCAUCGGACGUUUGCCCUUGACAUACUUGAGUUUGUGCUAUCGACAUAUGUUCCUGUAUUCCGGGCAUUAUUAUCUUACCAGCAGGUAUUGCGACAUCAAAUAUGCUCACUUCUUAUGACUUCACUCCGCACGAAUGUGGAGCUUGAAGGUGAAGCAGGGGAACCUGCUUUCCGCCGUUUAGUCCUACGUUUGGUUGCUCAUGUUAUCAGACUCUACAGCUCUUCACUUGUCACUGAAAGUGAGGUAUUUCUGAACAUGCUUGUGAAAGUUACCCGCCUGGAUUUACCUUUAUGGCAUCAGAUACUUGUUCUCGAAAUUUUGAGGGGUUUUUGUGUAGAAGCUCGCACUCUGCGCUCCCUAUUUCAGACGUUUGACAUAAACCCUACAAAUACUAAUGUUGUGGAGAACAUCGUUAAAGCACUUGCUUUGGUGGUAGCUACUAUUCAGGCUUCAGAUUCAAGCGAAGAGACUCUUGCAGCUGUUGCUGGAAUGUUCAGUAGUAAAGCUAAAGGGAUUGAGUGGAGCAUGGAUACCGAUGCAUCAAAUGCUGCUGUUUUGGUUGCUAGCGAAGCACAUACCAUCACUCUUGCCCUUGAAGGCCUCUUAGGUGUAGUUUUCACCAUUGCUACUUUGACAGACGAGGCUCUAGAUGCUGGUGAGCUUGAAUCACCAAGAUGUGAAGUGGAUCGUCUGGUAUGUAGUGGACAAUCAGCUCUUCUUUGUGUCGCCAUGGUCAAUUCAACAUGGUUAACCAUCCUGGACUCCCUUUCACUUAUUUUAAUGAGGUCACAGGGAGAAGCUAUAAUAUUAGAAAUACUGAAAGGAUACCAGGCAUUUACUCAGGCCUGUGGAGUGCUCCGUGCUAUAGAGCCAUUAAACUCUUUUCUAGCAUCGCUUUGCAAGUUUACAAUCAAUAACCCAAAUGAAGGAGAGAAGAGAAGUGGUAUCUUGCUCUCUCCUGGAUCAAAGAAGCCAGAAACUUCAAUGGAUCAGCGUGACAGUAUUAUUUUGACACCAAAAAAUGUGCAGGCAUUGCGGACACUUUUUAAUGUGGCACAUCGAUUACACAAUGUCCUGGGCCCCUCCUGGGUUUUGGUCCUGGAGACUCUUGCAGCACUUGAUAGAACUAUUCAUUCUCCGCAUGCUUCAACCCAGGAAGUAUCGGCUUCUGUUUCAAGACUCUCAAGAGAUACAUCUGGACAGUACAGUGACUUCCAUAUUCUCUCUUCUUUAAAUUCUCAGUUGUUUGAAAGUUCAGCCUUGAUGAAUGUAGCUGCAGUCAAGUCACUUUUAUCUGCAUUGCAUCAAUUGUCAAGUCAGCACAUAUCAGGAAAUUCUCAAUUAUCAGGCCAGCAGAUUGGGAGCAUUGCAUUUUCAGUGGAGCGCAUGACAUCGAUACUUAUCAAUAAUCUGCAUCGAGUUGAAUCAAUAUGGGAUCAAAUUGCUGCACACCAUCUUGAGCUUGCCAAUUGCUCCAACCCACAAUUACGUAAUAUGGCGCUUGAUUCGUUAGAUCAUUCAAUUUGCUCUGUAGUGGGUUCUGAAAAGUUUCAGGGAAUCAGUUCAGCACCUCAUCCUUCGAAAGAGUACCAAUUGGUCGAAGAAAGUGAAACACGAUCAUUCGAGUAUGCAGUUUUAUCUCCACUGGUGAUCCUUUAUUCAUCUAACAAGAAUAUUGAUGUACAAAUGGGUGCACUGAAAAUUCUUUUGCAUGUUCUUGAGAGACAUGGUGAAAAGCUGUCCUAUAGCUGGCCCAGCAUUCUUCAUAUGUUGAGGGCUGUUGCCGAUGCAUCUGAAAAAGACGUCAUCUCCUUAGGUUUCCAGAGUGUACGUGUAAUCAUGAAUGAAGGACUGGCGACAAUACCUGUACAAUGUCUUGAUGAAUGCAUUUUGGUUACUGGGGCGUAUGGUGCCCAGAAAACUGACAUAAACAUAAGUUUGACAGCAGCUGGUCUUUUGUGGACUGCGACCGAUUUUAUUGUGAAGGGGUUAAGUGGAAGGUCUGUUCAGAAAGCUAAUCACUUGAAUGAAGAGGUUCAGUUGGGUGUAUCAAUGGAAGAGGGAGAUAUACCAACCAGUGAGGAAGGCGUCAAGAGAAAUCCCUUGCAACAACUGGUUGAUUACAAUAAGCUGUUCUUUUCAGUUUUUUCUGUCCUUCAAAAAUUAGGUGCAGAUGACCGUCCUGAGGUUCGGAAUUCAGCAGUUCGGACUCUGUUUCAAACUCUCUGCACCCAUGGUCAAAAACUUUCUCUAAGUAUGUGGGAGGAUUGCCUGUGGAUAUAUGUUUUCCCAAUGCUAGAACAUGUUUCCCACUUGGCAUCUACCUCUUCUAAAGAUGAGUGGCAUGGGAAGGAAUUAGGAACUCGUGCAGGGAAAGCUGUUCAUAUGCUUAUCCAUCACAGUCGAAAUACAGCGCAAAAACAAUGGGAUGAAACUAUUGUUCUUUUAUUAGGUGGUAUAGCACGGCUUUUACGAUCAUUUUUCCCUCUCCUCCAGCAAUUGAGCAAAUUUUCUUCCGGUUGGGCAAUUUUGCUUGCGUUUCUAAAAAAUAGCAUCUUAAAUGGUAGCAAGGAGGUAGCUCUUGCAGCUAUUAAUUGUUUGCAGACAUUUGUUAGUUCAAACUGUCCGAAGGGCAAUCUAGAAUCCUCCUUUGUCCAAUCCGUUCUUGAUAUUUACGAACUUGUUCUUCAAACUUCACCAAACUAUAAGAGUGACUCAGCUGAUAAGGUGAAGCAAGAGGUCCUUCGUGGUCUUGGAGAUCUUUAUGUUCAAGCGCAAUCUCUAUUUAAUGAUGACAUGUAUCUAAGGCUCAUGGCUGUUAUGCAUCUAAUGAUUAAGAGUUCCAUGAAUUCUUCAGAUUAUGACAGUGAAUUGGGUAGCAUCCCUGCUGUGCAGCGUGGUAUCUUAGAAAUUAUUCCUAUGCUACGCCCAACAACUAUGUUAUCAUCAAUGUGGUCGCCCCUCCUGCUUGAGCUGCUAUGCUAUCUUAAUGGAGAAGAAAGCCCCCUGCACAGGAAUAGUAAAGAAAUACGUGAACAGAAUUCUGAUGCACUGGCCAAUGGCACAAAACGUGCUUCUGUUGAACGAGGCCAUAUCAAUGGCAGUGGCACAAAAGGGGAUACUGUGGUGGGCUGUGGCUGGGGCAUUCUAUUUAUAGAAAAGCUUGUGCCAAUCAUGGUCAACCUUUUCCUGGAGGCUCCACCAAAUGAAAGGUGUAGUGCCUCACCACAAGUUAUUCAAGGUGUUGGAAGGUGCAUGAACACAAGGAGAGACAAUCCCAGGGGUACCCUUUGGAGGGUUUCUGCUGAAUGCUUCAAUCAUGUUGUGACAGAUGAGGUGAGGCAGGAAAAUGCUGAAUGUGGAAGUGACAUGAAUUCAUAUAGACUUUCUAGAGCUCGCUUCUGGAAGGAGGUUGCAGAUGUAUACGAAACCUUUCUUGUUGGAUCUUGUGGCCGUGUGUUGUCUUCAGAUGUUCCUUCAGCUGACUCUGCUACAGCUGAUGAGAGCCUUGAGAUGACUGUCCUUGCUGUUUUUGGAGACAGUGUUCUGAAAUUGCAGAAGGAGGCUCCUGUUGAGGUAUUGCAAAGGCUUGUGAACUGUCUCGAUCGUUGUGCAUCACGAACAGGGUCCCUACCUAUUCAAACUGUCGGUCUUCUACCAUUGCACUGCAGCAGAUUUUCUCUGGGCUGUUUGCAGAUGAUGUUUUCUUUAUGCAGUUGCAUAUCGAAGACAAGCUCACACCCUGCAGUAUCAGAAACCAGCAAAGUUUCUAUUUCCAUUCUUACAAAGCGAUGUGAGGUUAUACUGGGUCAGUUUUUAGCUGAUGAAAAUGACUUAGGAGACCGUCCAUUGCCUAGUGUGAGGAUUGAAGAAACGGUUUGUGUCCUUCAAGAGCUUGCUAGGCUAAUAUUAGAUAUUGAGACAGCUAAUGCUCUCAACAUACCACUGUACCUGAAAGAUGCUUUACGGGAAAACCAGUCCCAUGGGAGGGCCCAUUUGUUGUCGUUGCUUCCCACUUUCUCUGAGCUUGUCGUCUCAAGAGAAGCCAGGGUUCGGGAGCUUGUUCAGGUGCUUCUCAGACUCAUCUCCUCAGAGCUAGGACUGCAACGCCUGACGUAAAGAUGAAUGAUGAACUCCGUUUUUAUUCUUUUGCUGGACUGGAAUGCUAUAUCUUCGUUAGUAUUCCACCUCUUCAUUUACAUCCAUGAUCCUGUAUAUCCGUCAUUACGGGCGAGAGGCGUUUGAGGAAUCAGAUCUAUAAAUGAAUAGGGUUGUACAUGUAACAUUUUGUUUUCUGUUUCUGUAAACAUUAGGUAUAUAGCCAAUAUUUUUCAUGUUUGACGUAGCAGUAGUCAACCUCUAGUUGUGACAGUAACUUGUAUUUUGAACUGUGGAUUAAGGCUGUGAUGGUGUUGAUACAAAAUAAUGAACCGUCUACACUGAUGAAUGAUCUGUAAGCACAUUCGAGCCA